UGCAUUGUAUACCCUUCCUGGGAGAUGGGCAGGAGGAGAUAAUCAAGGAAGCACCAGACGGCCCAGUCCUCUCAAUAGUCUAAUCUCUUGCUUGAUACAUCUUCAUUGACUGGCCUAAGUCCAUUACAACAUCUUUGUUCUACACAAAUUUUGGAACCAGUUUGAAGGAGGGGAGUGCAUUUUAGGUGCUUGAAGAGCAAAGGAUUCAGCCCCAGUGGGGUCCUGAAGCUGCUUUGAGCCAUCUGUUGUUGGUGAGAAGCUUCCCUGGAGGAAGACCUGGUUCCCUUCACCUUGUGGGUCCCUGAUGUUGAAGUGGACAAUGAUGGGGAGCUGCAGGGCAUGGAGGGGACAGUGAGUAACAGGACUUGGGUAUAGAAGAUCUGCUCCAGCUGGCCCUUGGACAGCUAGAUACCCAAUGGCAUGGCCCUGUCCCAGUGCAGGAGAGGCUUGGGUCAGCUUAGCUACUUUCAGUACUUGUGUCCUUCAGGAUUAGGAGGUAGUUGCUACUUGGUGUCUGAUUGUGGGGAAAGGGAGGAGCAGCAGUUUUCAAAGAUGCUUUUCUAUGCCAAUUCCCUCCUGGGGCCAAGAAAGGAAGGUUGACUUUUAUGCCCUGUAGGAACAUUCCCAGGGGAGGCUGGGCAGAGCCAGGCCUUAGUGGAUUGGUGAUUGAGCCCUGGGGGCACACAUCUUUGGAGCACUUCCCUAGCCUUUCUUCACAGGGUCUCAGACCUCCCUGCUUCUCUCACUGACCCCAGUGUCCUCAACCCUGCUGAAGGAUCUGCAGGGCUAGGUGCCUAGUCUAAUCCCCGCAGAGUUCUUAACAGCUGACCAUUUUCCUAGAAACUUUGCAUUUUUUAUUUGGCCAACGUGAUGACCCUGAGGAAACCGAAACUCAGAGGGGACGGGCCUUUCCCAUAUCACAUGGAACCCGCCUGUUUUCUCCCUCACUGGCUGCCUUUUCGGUCACGUCCGGGCCUUAGAAGACUGACCCCGGGCAAAAGGCCGGCCAGCCAGGCUGCUACCAGAAGCUUUUUGCCACAAAGGACAAGCUACCUUCCUUUAGCAAGGUCAUGUAGGAAAUUGUAAAUCAUGUGAAGAUGGGACUCUUGGUAUUUGUGCGCAAUCUGCUGCUAGCAUUCUGCCUCUUUCUGGUACUGGGAUUUUUGUAUUACUCCGCAUGGAAGCUACACUUACUCCAUUCCAAUUCAGUGGUUCUAUCCUUCGACUCCGGUGGACAAACACUAGGCUCAGAGUAUGAUCGGUUGGGCUUCCUCCUGAAUCUGGACUCUAAACUGCCUGCUGAGUUAGCCACCAAGUACGCAAACUUUUCAGAGGGAGCCUGCAAGCCCGGCUACGCCUCAGCCUUGAUGACGGCCAUCUUCCCCCGGUUCUCCAAGCCAGCACCCAUGUUCCUGGAUGACUCCUUUCGCAAGUGGGCUGGAAUCCGGGAGUUUGUGCCACCAUUUGGGAUCAAAGGUCAAGACAAUCUGAUCCAUGCCAUCUUGUCAGUCACCAAAGAAUACCGCCUGACCCCUGCCCUGGACAGCCUCCACUGCCGCCGCUGCAUCAUCGUGGGCAAUGGAGGUGUCCUUGCCAACAAGUCUCUGGGGUCACGGAUUGAUGACUACGACAUUGUGGUCAGACUGAACUCAGCACCAGUGAAAGGCUUUGAGAAAGACGUGGGCAGCAAAACAACACUGCGCAUCACCUACCCUGAGGGCGCCAUGCAGCGGCCUGAGCAAUACGAACGAGACUCUCUCUUUGUCCUCGCUGGCUUCAAGUGGCAAGACUUCAAAUGGUUGAAGUACAUCGUCUUCAAGGAGAGAGUGAGCGCAUCAGAUGGCUUCUGGAAAUCUGUGGCCACUCGAGUGCCCAAGGAGCCCCCUGAGAUUCGCAUCCUCAACCCGUAUUUCAUCAAGGAGGCUGCCUUCACCCUCAUUGGCCUGCCCUUCAACAACGGCCUCAUGGGCCGGGGGAACAUCCCGACCCUUGGCAGCGUUGCAGUGACCAUGGCGCUACACGGCUGUGAUGAGGUGGCAGUCGCAGGCUUUGGCUACGACAUGAGCACACCCAACGCACCCCUGCACUACUAUGAGACCGUGCGCAUGGCAGCCAUCAAAGAGUCCUGGACACACAAUAUCCGGCGAGAGAAAGAGUUUCUGCGGAAGCUAGUGAAAGCACGUGUCAUCACUGACCUAACCAGUGGCAUCUGAGUGGGCCCAGCACACGGCCAUGAUGGCCCAGGCACCACCAGGAGCAAGCAACAGCCACCACCACCUACGCAGGAGUCUUCAGACCCAGAGAAGGACAGUGCCAAGGGGCCCCAGGGGCAGCAAGGCCUUGGUGGAGCAGCCAGAGCUGUGCCUGUCCAGAGGCCAGCCCAGAGACCAGCACUCAGCCCCACUCAGCCUGGGUCCGCCAAGCCAGAGGGCCAGCAGGCCAAGGCUGUGCCCAGCAGGCCCAGCAUGCAGGAGGUGGGACAUUAGGCAGCAAGGCUGCUGCCGGAAUCAUUUCUCCAAUCAGUGUUUGGUGUAUUAUCAUUUUGUGAAUUUGGGUUGGGGGAGGGUAGGGAUAAUUUAUUUUUACAUAAGGUUGGAGAUGUCAAAUUUGGUCCACUUGCUAUACAGAAAGGGGCCCACUAGAGGGCCCAUCAGGCAGUGGUACCAGUAAGCUCCCUGCAGGGUGAGAAUGCCAUGACCAGCCUGUACCCUGCUCCAGGGCUAUAGGGGUCUGGGCAGGAUCUCAUGCCAGCCCCCCCACCCCCACCCCAGCUCAUGACACUGUUUGGCCUUUCUUGGGGAGAAGAUGGGGUAUUCCCACUCACCAGUCCCUAGCUGUCCCACAGGGAAACUCUAGAGCCAUCCCUUCCCAGCCAAGAGGACAGCCCCCCGGGCUAGAUCAGAGAGAACUUUAAAGUCAAGAGAUGUGGCCUGGCUCAGCCUAAUGGGAAUGGCUCCCCUCCACCCCAGCUGCAACUGAUCCAUACACUAGUGCCCAGGCAUGGACUGACCAACUUGUCAGAUGUUCUGGGUUGCAACAAUGAGACUGCCAGGUCUUUGGGUUCUGCCUUUAGCCUGGACCAGAGGGAAGUGAGGCCCAAGGACCUUACCCAGGCUGUGGCCGCCAUCCCAGGCAGCCCUCAUGGAAGCAAUAAAGCUCUUCCCUGA